GCCCCCGGCCAGCCGCCGCUACCCGCGGGCCAGUGCUACGGCAGCGGGCAGCGGGCAGCAUGUAUCAGCACCAGGACCACGGCCCGCACGCGCCGCUCGGCCGGCAGCAGUCGGCCGCGGACCUGCUCGCCUACCGCCGCUUCUCACCCACCAAGUUCGCCAGGUCCGUCGUCGGCGUCCUCAAGAUCGUCAUCACCGUGCUGUUCCUGGUGGCGGCGGUGGUGUUCCUGUCCUCGGAGGUGUGCCCGCGCGCCCCGGACUGGUACGUCUGGCUGUACCCCACGGCCGCCUUCCUCACCGCGGCGCUCACCAUCUGCACGUACAUCUUCUACGUGCUGGGCGUCGCCGAGGACGAACCCGACAACUGGGUCAGGGCGGACCUGACCCUGAUCGCAGUGGAGCUGGGUCUCACCAUCGGAGCGGCAGUUGCGACCCUCGCCAGCUGCGAUUCUAGCGAGUCGCGGUUCAUCUUUUACGGGCCACUGGCGCUGGUUGGGUCUCUGUUGGUGGCGGUGAGCGGCGGCGCCCUCUACAUGAUGUGGCGGUACCGAGAGGACGUCGAGGAACCACCAGAUCCCCAGCUGGGCCCCGACCGCAAUCGAGCCAUCUCCGUCGUCAUCUGACCGCUGCCUGCCUGCGCACUGCUUCUGCCCUAUCACCUACCUGGUGUUCAGCACGCAGAUAUCUCGAGGAUUCGAACAAAUGCAGUGGACAAUGUACACUAUGAUUCUUGCAGGACAGUCUGCGACCCCAUACAGUUACAACAGUGCUGUCUGUUUGUGUUCUUCAAUAUAUUGCACGAUGUAUCAAAUAAGUUCAGUACUUUGAAAUGAACCGUUUGGUGGUCGUUUCUUAAUGUACAAAAGGGCCAGUCGAUCCGAGAGAGCGAUUGGUACGAAUAGGAAUUGUUGACCGAAAAGUCUUCUCUUAGGAUGCAAAGAAUUUAAACAAUUUUGUUGCGUGUCAGCUGUACGCAGCUCAACUCAGUCACGAAAUUCUGCAGUUCCAUGUUGAUAUAGAAGUCCAGCGGCUCCAGGAGAUAACAUUAUAUACACUCGUCUACAAAUUAGAAAUAAACUGUAAAGCGAAGACAUGGUGACGCGCAUGCCCUCGAGCUGCACGUUGAUGAAGGGGAUCUUUGACGACUGACAACUCCCAAUGGCUGAUUCACAAAAUGACACCUCAGAAUCGAAAUCUGUUUUGCCUGCGGCCGUGUAGCGAUCUUACCACGUGAAACUGCGUGCAUAAGCCGACACUUGUCGCUAAGAUUUGGCUUCUAUAUUACCAAAGGCUUCCCAGAAUAGCUGCAUUUUCCAUAACCCACCCAUCCUCUCCAUUCUGUCUUGAAAUGGUCACACCUAGAAACGCCAAGUCUUAUGUCAGAUACGCUAUUUUCCACUUCAUCAUACGAGAUCCUGUAGCAACCUAUUAUCACUGUCAAAAUGGAUCUAACGCCAUAAACCAAAAUAUAGCAUUAUACUAGGCACUCAAGCACUCCGUCGUAAGGCCACAAGAGGCCCAAAGGGUCCAUCCGACCGCCGUGUCAUCCUCAGUUGAGGAUGCGGAUAGGAGGAGCAUGUGAUCAGCACAUCACUCUCCUGGUCGUUAUGAUGGUUUUCUUUGACUGGAGCUGCUACUAUUCGCUCGAGUAGCUCCUCAAUUGGCAUCACGAGGCUGAGUGCACCCCGAAAAAUGGCAACAGCGCGUGGCGCCCCGGAUGGUCACCCAUCCAAUCGCCGGCCACACCCGACAGCGCUUAACUUUGGUGAUCUGACGGGAACAGGUGUAUCCACUGUGGCAAGACCGUUACCUGUUAUACUAGAGCGUUCUGAAAAUAAUGCGACCGAUUUUUUUGUGAGAAAACUCUCAAGGCAUUUUAAGUAAAACGAACAUUAUUAACAUUCUGCUUCUUUAUUCUUCAUGUUUACAUGUUUAUUUCUCAACAUAGUCGGCCUGGCGACGAACAUAUUUCUCCCAACGAGAGACCAGUUUGUCAAUACCGUGACUGUAGAAUGUUUGACUUUAUUGACAGAGCCACAGCCUCAUCUUUGCUUGCACCGCUUCCCCACUAUCAAAGUGACGUCCUCGAAGGUGUUGUUGUAGUCUUGUAAAUUUGGAAAUUUGUGGUAAAGUCUUAUGGGACCUAACUGCUGAAGUCAUCUGUCCCUAAGCCUACACGCUACUUACUCUAACUUAAGGUAACUUAUGCUAUGGACAACACACACACCCAUACUCGAGGGAGGACUCGAACCGCCGACGGAGGGGGGGCGGGGGGGGGGGGGGGGCGCACGGACCGUAACAAGGAGCCCUAGACCGCGCGGCUACCCCGUGUGGCUGAAGUCUUACAAACAGAUUAAAGUAGGAUAGGGCUAGGUCGGCUGCAUGGAGGAUGAUCGAUGGCAGUGAAUCCAAGGCGUCGGCUUGUUGCAGCUGUCGCAACGCUCUGGUCUGAUAUUGUCUUGCUGAAGGAGAGCGUGCUCCGUGUGUGGACGAACUCUCCGAACUCGAGACCCGCUUACAGCACACUGUUUCUCAAGCACCGACGUAAUUAGGGCCUACGUUACACACACCCUCAUGUUACACGCUACAAUUCAGAGCCCUCUAGCGGCAAAAAGAUGCAAAUAUAUAGGACGGGAGGAAUAAAGAUGUUCAAUGUUAAUAACGUUUGUUUUAUUUAAUAAUCCUUUGAGUUUUCACAUAUAAAUUUCGGAGGCGUUACUUUUCAACAAGCCCUCGUUUACUGGAUGGCGGGCGUGUGGAUUUGCGAAGAUUUGCGGAAAUACGAUAUCACUUAAAUGUGUGGAUCCAUAUUUCUGAAACUACAGUAGGUACGAAUCAUGCUGGCGAAAUUUACUUCUUAAAAUGUUUCCUUGCCGGUCCUUACCCUCCCGUCACAGAUUCUCCCAUCAUAGAAGGAUUCUUAAAGAUAUCGUACCAUAGUCAAUAUUGCUAAGCACUAAUUUAAGGCCAAGAAAGAUCUUUAUUCGAGUUAAAUGUUACAUCGACCUGUGCAACAAAGACGAAGUAUAUGAACUGAGCUGAUCUGCGUUAACAGCAGGUUCCUUUCGUACGCCUACCACAAUGCAGUUGUGUAGAGGGUAUGUCAGUACGUGAACAGUUUUGUCCAUGUAGAUUACGAAAGCCCGCUGGCUUACAACAUUUUUCCAUAAAAAAUAAGUUCUGCCAAAUAUUCUCUGCAUUAUAUUAAUUACGUAUUCUGCGGAGAAAGAUUUCACAUUAAUAUUACACGAGUCAAGUAAUGACAUACACGUCUAAAUCAAUUUUUAACAGUUAGCCAUAACCUCUCACAACCUUUCCAUGAAUCAUCUUUCUCAAAGAAUUUAAUCUCAAAGGAUUCUUUUGUAAAUAAAACACUUCUGGAGACAUUUGUGUAAAUGCUCUGUAAAAACCCUACUCAUCUGUCAGUAUGUAUUUAUUAUGUUUCAAAUAUAUGUCUUUUAUCAAA